ACAGAGCUAGACUGCAUGCCCUAAACUGCUGUCUGUGUGGUCAUCGCUAAGAUUUGUAACAGACUCACACAUGCGCGGUGAGACUGCGCAUGCUCACUGUGCGCUCUGUGGUAAACCAGGGAAUGUGUAGCUAGCUUGAGGAGUUUUCAGCUUUAAUAUCCUCGACCCUCGGGUGCGUGGUAUAGGCAAGGAGCCAUUUCUACCCAAUUCUUAAUUGUAAUUGAAAAUGUCCGUGUUCUCGGAGCCUGCUUUGGAGAAGAAAUUAUCAGAACUGAGUAACUCCCAGCAGAGCGUGCAGACCCUUUCACUGUGGCUCAUCCACCACAGAAAACACUCCAAAACCAUCGUCAAAGUCUGGUAUAACGAGCUGAAGAAAGCCCAGGUGUCCCGUAAGCUGACUUUCCUGUAUCUUGCUAAUGAUGUCAUACAGAAUAGCAAGAGGAAAGGACCAGAGUUCACUCAAGAGUUUUCCCCAGUUAUUGUUGAUGCUUUCAAACAUGUCUCCAGUGAAGGAGACGAGAGCUGUCAUAAACAGUUAGGUAGAGUUCUGUCCAUCUGGCAGGAAAGAGCUGUCUAUGAGAAUGGCAUACUGGACAAACUCUCUGAUGUCCUACAGGUAGAAAAGAAGGCCAAGAAAAGGCCUUAUGAGGAGAUUAAGGUGAACGAUGAUGACUUCGCCUCCCAAAGCUCCCCUGCUGAACCUCCACAGACUGCUGAUCUGAUCCGAGCACUACAGGAGCUUGAGAACGCAGCCUCCAGCGAUGCAGCUCUCCGCCAGAGGAUCUCUGCUCUACCCCCAGAGGUGCAGGACACCACCCUAUUGCACAAAGUUACAGAUAAAGAGUCAGGGGGGCGUCUUUCUCGGUUGGUGGAAGAGGCCUGCAUGCUUCUAGCUGACUACAGUGGGCGGCUGGCAGCAGAGAUUGAUGAUCGGCGGCAACUCACACGCACUCUUGCUGUCUUUUUGCAGAGUCAGAGAGACGGCCUGGCCCAGAACGAGCAGAAACUAGAAGAAUACAAGCGCAAACUGGCCCGGGUGUCCCAGGUGGCCAUGUCCGCCUGCCCUCCUCUGGUGAUCUUUACAGCCCCUCUGAUUGAGCUGGACUCUCACCCCAUCACCACUCUCCUGGUCCUCUGGCUGGACUAUUUGGAGGCUGGAGUGAUUCUAAAAGAUACAAUUGUCGUGAUUUGUAGAAGAAAAACACAUCAUAGUUUGAUCAGAAACUGUUUGCACACGGUUCGCAGUCACAAGGCUUCAAAUAGAGCGCUUUUGCACUGAGCCUCAAAUAUCAGCACUUUACCUCCUGGGGAUGCUGCUAGCACUGACGAGACGAAUUUAACGCCCGUAUUUAUUAAGCUAUUUAUUAUUAUCGUUAUUUUAGCAUUUUCAAUAGGUGAGAUGAAAGAUGGUAAGCACUGUCACGAUAAUAGCCGUACCCUGGAGGACCGAGAGCGUGAAAAAAAGCUUGCCAAGAAACGCCUGUACAUUGUUUCAGCAGUGUGUCUGGUCUUCAUGGUGGGCGAGAUCUUAGGUGGGUAUUUUGCUGGAAGUCUGGCAGUGAUGACAGAUGCCGCCCACCUGCUUGUGGACCUCACCAGCUUCAUCAUCAGUUUGUGCUCGCUGUGGCUGUCAUCCAGACCUGCUACAAUCACUCUCAAUUACGGCUGGCAUCGAGCAGAAAUCUUGGGUGCUCUGCUGUCUGUUUUCACCAUUUGGCUGGUGACUGGUGUGCUAGUGUAUCUAGCAGUGGAACGGCUCAUUGAUGAUGACUUCACUAUUGAGGGCACAGUCAUGCUGAUCACCUCUGGCUGUGCUGUACUGGCCAACAUCAUAAUGGCCUUCACUCUGCAUCAGUCGGAUCAUGGCCAUAGUCACGGUGGUCUGAGCUACGGCCACAGUCACGACCAUGGGAAGGAAAACAGCCACAGUCAUUCUAACGCUAACCAUUGUGACGUAGAGGAGAAUGGGUCUGGUAAUACACAACAAGUUAAUGCUAGCGUCAGGGCAGCAUUCGUCCAUGUGAUUGGAGACCUUCUACAGAGUGUCAGUGUGCUUGUCAGCGCGCUCAUCAUCUUUUUUAAGCCUGAAUAUAAAAUUGCAGAUCCCAUCUGCACCUUCCUGUUUUCUCUAUUUGUCCUGGGCACCACAUUCACUAUCAUGAGGGACAUAAUUAUUGUCCUAAUGGAAGGUACGCCAGCUGGUGUGAACUAUAAUGAGGUGAGAGAACGACUGCUCAGAGUCAAAGGUGUCAAAGCUGUGCACAACCUUCACAUCUGGGCCCUGACAAUGAACCAGGCUGUGCUCUCCGCUCAUGUGGCUAUAGAUGAUACUGUAGAGCCACAGGCGGUGUUGAGAGAAAUGACCCAGGCCUGUUUCACAACAUACAGUUUCCAUUCAGUAACCAUUCAACUGGAGCAUCAGGCGGACCAGAGGGCUGAUUGCAGCCUCUGCCAAGACCCCACAAAGUGAAACAUUCAGAGACUUUACAUUAAAGAACGACCCUGGUCCAAAGGGACAAAAGAUCAAUGAAAGAGAUCAUUGAGGAUUAUUGUGGUGUUCAUAUUUUAUAGCUGACAUAUUUUCACAAGUUUUAGUUUUUUGGACUUUGGACACCUCUGUCUCUGUUUUGUCACUAAUUUGAUUUAAAGGGAUAGUCACCCAAAAAAUGAAAAUUCUGCCAUUU